UGCUUACUCUCCUCAGUCUCUCACUGGCAGUCGUGUCGUGAGGUACGGGAAUAUUCUUCACGUAUAUAUCGCUUUGAAACGCCGGUUAUUCACGUGGGCAAUUCUUUUCGAUUUAUCUGUCAAACAGAAAAAUUCAAUUAAACAAAAAGAAAAAAAAAAAUUCUUCACAUUUCCAAGAUUUAUCAAAUAAAUUUUAUUUCACAAUUAUGUAAAUUUUGUUCAUAUAUGUGAGUGAAGUGUUUGUGCUUUCAAGUGUAUAUUAAUAAUGAAUUUACAUAAUCAGGGAGAAUAAAAAAAAAAAAAAACAAAAUGAAUUGUGCUAAGAUGAUCAAAGAGCAAGGCUCUAUUAUCUUUAUAGAGGAAGGUUGUCGUGUUAUGUAAAAGAUCAUUUAUAGUGUUUUUUUUGGUGGUGGAAAUUAUUGUUUGGCACUUUUUUUGUUUUGUAAAAAUAUUGUAAUUGCAAUAUUUUGAAAAAAAACUCGACGUGUGUUUUUAAAAUACAGUUUUCAAAAUUAAAAAAAAGUAAAGACAAUUGUCAUUCGGUUUUUGGAAAUUUAAAUCUCGUGUAUUAAAAAUUUUUUCCCGCCAAUCGUCUGACUAGGAUUUCCAUUGUCACCAUUCACAUCUAAUCGACGAAUAUGUUUAAUCGUACAUGUGAAGGUCAAUUUUGAGCCAGGCACAACUAUUCUGAAUUCAUGACUUGAGUGAUAAGAGAAGACAAUAUACUUCCCGAGUGUGAAUAUCUUUCACGAAGAAAAGUGAUCGGGCUGAAACUUGCACACAGCGUAGCCGUAGGGGGAGUUAUGACAAGGUAACGACAGAGUGCAGAACAAGGAAGGUGACAGUGAAAUACUUGCAAAAAAAAGAAGAAGAAGAAAAGAACAUGGCGAAAGGCGCUGAAAGAUUACCCGGUACGACAACAAGAAUAAGAACAAGAGACGAUGGCUGUUGUUCAGUGAACUUCCUAAAAUACGUUCUACACAUAUACAAUGUUGUUCUAUUUCUUUCCGGUCUGGUGGUUGGUGGCAUUGGUGUGUGGACUGUUGUGUCAAAACACAGUUACAUUUCACUAAUGGCAACGUCUACGUAUCCGAUUUUGGCUUACGCGCUGAUAGCUGCUGGUACUCUCGCCAUAAUUGGAAGCUGGCUCGGCUGUGGAGGCGUCACGUCCGAGAAUCGAUGUAUUCUUCUCGUGUAUAUAUUCGUGGUAAUGGGUGUGUUUAUACUGGAAGCUGGAGUUGGUGCUCAAGCUCGUAUUUAUGAAGAGCAAGUUGGUCCAGAACUAAAAUGGAAUCUAAACCGCACUUUCCUUGAAACAUAUUCCGUUAGGUCCAGGGAAACAUCUGCCAUUGAUCAAAUGCAAAAAGAGUUCAAAUGUUGCGGAGCGAUGAGAUUCGAAGACUGGGUUGCAAGCGAAUGGCACAAAGAUGAGGAGGUUCAGAGGAAUGAGAGCCUCGUACCAGACAGCUGUUGCAAAACUCCCAGCUUCCUAUGUGGAAAAAGGGACCAUCCUUCGAAUAUCCAAUAUACAGGUUGCAUAUACAAAUUUUUAGAAACAACAAAAGAUCAUCUAAUAAUUCUUGGAGCUGUUGGAUUAGGACUAUCGGUGCUUGAAGUUUUUGGAAUUAUUCUCGGCACUUGCCUCUAUAUAAAACUUCGGCACGAUUUCGAUGACUGAGAAUUACUUUAUCAAGAGCCUAAUAACAAUGGGCACUCUUGGUGCCGUUAUGCACAAAAUCCAGUCUGACAAAACGGACAGUAACGUGAUAACGAUAAUGAUUCUACUUCCUGAAUUUUUUUCCAAAAAAUAACCAAACAGGAAGAAUUCUCAUUUUGAUAAAAAGAAAAAAACAAAAUUGAGAAGAAUCAUUCAAUCAUCUCACGUUACUGCUUAUUUUUGACUUUAAAACAAGAAAUUAUAUCAAAAAAGACAUUAAAUUAAAAAUUUAAAAGUCUUGAGAAAAAAAUUUUUAAAAAAUGAGUCUUAUAUAUGAAAAUAAAAUUUCAAAAUAUCACUAAAAUGAAGAAAUUGUAUAAAAAAAUAUAAACAAAAACAAGAAUUGAGUGGAAAAAAGACAUGAAGAAAAUAGUCAUUAGUUAUAUAAAUACAAAAUAAAUAAAUGACAAAAAAAAUGUAAAAUAAAAGACGAAGGUGAGAAGAAUAAAAAAAAUUUACAGACAGAAAAUAAUAUAAAAGAAAUAUUGUAAAGAGAUUUUUUGGUAAUAUAAAUGAAAUUUUUUUUUUUGCAAAAUUGGGAGUAAAUUAUGAAAAGGGGAAACAUUGAAUUAGAAAAACAAUAAAGGUUCUCUUCAAAGAAUUUUUCUAACCACCACUGAAUUGCAGGCUUUAAUGACGAAUCUUUUUAGCAAUAAAUCCAACUAAUGGGGCAUAAGAAUUGAAAAGCCUCUAUAAUAAAAAAAAAGAAAAAAAAGAAAACGUUGGAUUCGAAAUUUAUCGAUAUACGUUAAAAAGAGGAUUCUCUCUAUGCGGUCCCAAUUUCAAUCGACUUUUACCGCUAUACUGCCAGUAUAAUAUGUAUUUCGCACAGUCCACAUUACUGACGAAUACUUUCGGUGAUAUAUACAUAUAUAGAUCGAAAUAAAAACGGGACCACCGAAAAACCAAUAAAAGUACCAAAUUAAAUGACUUAAGCCGCAAUACUGGUGCAUUGCGACGCCAACAUUCACAAAAAAAACGAAAACAAAAAAAAGAAAAAACCAAUAUCUUCGAAAACGAACAAAAAAGACUUUUUUUAAAAAAUUACAUUUGAAUUACAAAUAUUGUAAAAAUAAAAAAAUGCCAAUAGCCCUUUUUUUAGUCUAUAACAUUUUACGUCAAUUUUCUUAUUUAUUGUUUAUAUAUUAUUGUAAAUAAUACUAAUAUCUUUUUUAAUCUUCAACAAUAGAAAGAGAAAUUGUUAAUAUCAAAACAUUUAAACAAAUAAAAAUUAAAUCUUUAAAGAUUUGACAAUAAUGAAGUCUUAACGAUUUAAAUGCAAAAAAUAAAAUAAAAUCUUAAUUGAUUUUAUUUUUCAAAGAUUUCACAUUUUGCACUCGAAUCAUCAAAGAUUUUUUUUUAUAUGACAAAAAUAAAUCUCUUAAAAUUUGAAAAAUUAUUUUUUUAAAAAAAAUAUGUUGUUUUCGUUUUAUAUUUAAUUUAUGUACAAAAAAAUGCGUUUUUCAAAAUUUAAUUCGUGUUUGCAUAAACAAAAAGAGAGAUAAAGAGAUUAUGUGACAAUUUAUUUUUUUGUAUCGCGAAUAAUGCGAUUGAAAAAGUUUUUUGCAGUGCGAAAAACAUAUAAAUAGUAGAAUUUUAAUAAUUAUAAUGAAAAAAAAAAAAAAAAUUAGUUUUAAAAACUUACGCAGUGCCUUGAUACUCUGUAAGUGAGAAUUAUUUUAGAAUAUCCAGGGUGUUUGCGUAGCGAAAACACCAAAAGAAAAAUAAAAUAAAAUUUUUAAGUCAUCUGCACUAUUUUCAUCCUGCAAUCAGUAUUUUUUCUUUUAUAUUACAAAUACGUGUUAAAAAAAUAUAUUACCUAUAUAUACAAAGAGUACAAUUUUAUUUAUGACGUCUCGUCUUUUUAUUGUCUGUUAUAUGCGUCUUUUUUUUUAAAUAUUUAUUAUAUGCCACGCAAAAAUCGCAUGAGUGACUAAAAUAUGACGGUUGCAUUAUUCUAUUAUGUAUCGUUGCCUUUAUUAGUAUUUUAAUUAUUAAUAUUAUUUUUAUUAUAUAAUAUAUAUUAUAUUGUAUUAAAAUACAUGUGUAUGUAAAUGUAAACAAAUUUAUUAUAAAUAUAUACAUAUUAUUAGUACUUAGGCGAAACUUUAUAAAUAUUGUACAUAUCAAUUGCUAUUCUGUUACAAAUAAACGUGAAACUAA